UCAUUUCCAUCUCAAUUAUUUGGUUGCAGCUGGUCUGCAAAUAUUGCACAAGCCUGCCCUCCUCCCACUGGUGCCUUUAGCAAAAACAUUGUCCCUCCACUGCCUGUCACAUUACUUUAAAUGUGGGGCCCUUUAGCCCUUCUGCCCAACAACUGCCUGUUUUCAGAAGCGAAAGAAAUCAGAACUUUUACGGGUUGCUCGGUAGAGUGGCUUCAGCUCACGCAUCAUGGCUAAAAAUCUUUUGAUGUUAUUUUUCACACUGUUGCCUCUGGAGGUUUGUCGGCUAUCCGGAACCCACAAGACAUUUCUGAGUAUUUUGGAAGCGCACGACACUAACUUUUACUUUGGUACCAAUUCAACCUUUGAAGCGCCAGAAUUUGAGGUUGUGCCUCUGACUUGCUCCUGCGAAGACAGAUAUGCUGGACCAUCUUGCAGAGCCCAGCGUUGUUCCUUCCAAGCCUCAGGGGAUCUCUAUGCCUUUGAAUUCUCACAGGAUCAAGCUCUCUUUCCCCCUUUUUUUGUGAGCACCCAAAGACUAAACUCAUCAGCUAGUUUGCUGCGGCGUUUAAGGAAUAAUUGCUUUGCUGGAGGGAAGCCUCUCAAACCUCUGGGGGCAGAAUGCCGAGUAACAUACUGCGAAGGACAACUGCAAGGUUUUGUCAUUGUCCCUGGCAAGAUGGUCCACAUCAGGCCGGUGAGCAACCGACACCGACACCUGUUGAUGGAUCCGCAUCUUCCCAGACCCCAUAUCAUCUUCAGAACUCUGCAGAACCAUUCAACAUCAGUCCAGAGAAGAAAGUUUCCAUCCCGGCUCCGCAGAGGGGCUGAGGAGAAGGUGAAACACCUGGAACUCUUAGUGGUGGUAGGGCCAGAUGUCUACCAGUUCCACAAGGAAGACACCGAGAAGUACAUCCUCACCAACCUCAACAUAGUGAGUUUCUUUUGGACUACACAUGCGAAAUUUGUUGGCUUCCCGUUGGGAGGCUUUGAUGGGGAGACACACUUGGGUUGA